AGCGUAGAGAAUUGAAUACGCAUCAAAUCCACGCCCAUAAACAAUCUCUUUCUCUCUCUCUGUAAACCUUUGCUUUGUCUCUUUCUUCGAUUUCUGUCCUCCGUGCGCGUGGUGUGGUUGCAACCGUCGUUUCCUCCCUCUCUCUCCCCGCGUCCGUGCGGGAUCGUGCGGGCCACCGGCCGAGCUUCCUCCUACGCCGUGCGGCGAAAUUUCAGCCACGCUCAAGCCGGCGGCGGCUAUGGCUGCGGAGAUGGAGGUGGAUCAGCUGACCUCGGGCGCAAGCAACCGCAUAAUCCCCAUCCUCAGGACGCUGAAGGUCUCCCUUGCGUUCGUCUACAGCCUCCUCUUCUCCCUCCUCCUCUUCCUCCUCCCCCGCCGGCACAACAACCACCGCCGACUGUCUCCGCCAUCACAUUCCAAGCUCAGGCGGCGAGAGGAGGAGGAUACUGAAAGGAGGCGAGCCCUGGCCGAAGGCAUCGAGAUGGAUUGCGAGGACGAUGAUGGCGUUCGAGCGUUCCAUCGGCAGACGUGCUUGUUUUACGGCGUUAGGAGGAACGCUCUCUUUUGCAGGUCGUGGUUCCCAGCGAACGGUGAAGUCAGGGGGAUUUUGGUCAUUAUUCACGGGCUUAAUGAGCACAGCGGAAGAUAUGCACGUUUUGCAAGACAGCUAACAUCCUGCAACUAUGGUGUUUAUGCAAUGGAUUGGAUUGGUCAUGGGGGCAGCGACGGUUUGCAUGGGUAUGUUCCUUCGCUAGAUCAUGUUGUUGCCGACACCGGGGCCUUCUUGGAAAAGAUCAAAUCAGACAACCCUGGUAUACCAUGCUUCCUUUUUGGUCACUCUACUGGAGGGGCCGUGGUUUUGAAGGCUGCUUCAUAUGCUCAUGUUGAAGAUAUGCUGGAAGGAAUCAUAUUAACCUCACCAGCUUUACGUGUGAAACCUGCACACCCAAUUGUUGGGGCUGUGGCUCCUCUAUUUUCUCUAGUUGCACCAAGGUUCCAGUUUAAGGGUGCCAACAAAAGGGGAAUCCCGGUGACGAGAGAUCCUGUGGCUCUAUUAGCCAAAUACUCUGAUCCGUUAGUAUACACUGGACCCAUCAGGGUCAGGACGGGCCACGAAAUUUUAAGGAUAUCCUCUUAUCUGAUGCGGAACAUCAAGUCCAUUACUGUUCCAUUCUUUGUUCUUCAUGGAACUGCAGAUAGGGUCACUGAUCCACUGGCCUCCCAGGAUUUGUACAAUGAAGCAGCGUCCAAGUUUAAGGACAUAAAGCUCUAUGAAGGGUUCUUACACGACCUUCUGUUUGAGCCUGAGAGGGAAGAGAUCGGUCAGGACAUAAUUAGUUGGAUGGAAAGAAAAUUAGGUGCUGGUUCCAAGAAGGUUAGAGUUUGGUAAAUCUCUUGCCCACUUAAACAAGGGCCAAAAUCUCAAGUUUUUUGGAGCUGGUUGAUUACUGUAGGUGUCUAUAUUCUGUCUUAAGGUUGUUUUACAAGUAUGUAUGGCAUGUCUUGCCAAUGAAUCUGCAUCUAUAAAUGUUUGGCUUGUCUUGCCAAUGAAUCUGUAUCUAGUGCUUUA